UUUGUAACCCCGUCCUCCUGUGGCUACAGAAUGACACAAAUAGGAAGCACUAUAUCAGGAGUAACAGGCCUGCGGUCAGUCUGGUGGACGCUUGUGAUGUAAAGCCCCAGCCUGUUGACUCCUGGGUCUAAAUGCAUGCAUGGCUUAAAGUAAGGACGGUGCGACACCCAGCUAGAGGAGAUCUCUCUCAUCACCACUGCCAUUUCACAUGGAGCUCAUCUUUGGAGUUGGACUUUGUACAGUAAAAGAGGAUUUAAAAAAUGAAUACAUACAUAAUGACCACAACAGCAACUACCCAGCAGGAGCAGCCAGCAUUCUCGUGCUUUUCAGAAAAAAGGAAUCAACAAAAAAAAGUGACUACAGCUAUUUCUUUCUCAUAUCUACAUUCCCACAUGUUACAGUGUUGACUCUUGAUGAGCUCUACCGAGGAUAAGAAACGGACAGAGGCCGGUGCUGGUGGAGGAACGAAGGAUCGAUGGAAAGGAAAAAGAAAGUGUUGAAGGAAGGGAGAAGAAACGCCAAAUGAUUAUUUUUUUGGGAAGAAAAAUAAGUUCAAUUUUAUGGGUUUUUGGGACUUUCGGUGUGAUGUCAAGCUUUUGGGUGUGAAGAGGAGUGGACGGGUGUCUUUGAAGGUCACAGGAUGUUGGUUUUAAGAUUGUUGGGAGAAAGUAAAAGGAGAUCCUGAGAAGAGACGUAGCGUAGCAGAUAAACAUGUUCACACAGACUUACAAUCCAUGGGCCGUUUCUCAAUCGCGAGGAUGCUUGCUUGGUAGCACAUGUCUUCCGAGUCACUUGCUUCAGAAGCUAGGCAAGAAUCCUUCCUGGCAUUCGGAAAACGAAGAGUGGAACAGGCUAGCAAGUGUGCAGGUGUGCGUCAUAUGAGAGGCCCCGCCUUACAUUUUCCACCACAGAUUUGGGGAAAUUGGUCCGUGCGCAAAGCAUUGUGGGGAUUUGAAGGACGCGAAGUCUACUCAUGUGCAGCCUCGAAAUUACCCCCAAACCAAGGACGCGGCCUCGGUGGAAUUCCAAGUAUGCUGGAGAUUGGAACAGUACUUCGGCGGCACUCGAUGAUGUAGCAUCCUUGAAAUAUUGGCUUGGAAGCCAGUUUCCUCGAGAUUGAGAAACGGCCAUGGUGUUUAUUUAAAAGAGAAGAAGAAGAAGUGCAUUGAGAUGCUCUGAAAUCUAAAGAGGAUAACAGUGAAGCUCAUUUAUGAAGUCAAGAGUCUGCAAGUCUGGAGAAAGGAAAGUGACAUAGUGUGUUGGAGAAACGGUUUCUGUUCACACUGCAUCGCAAAAGUCCGCUUAAACGGAAACAACAACAAUGUGGUUACUUGUGUAAUCUUCCAGGCUGGUCGCUCGUUGUCAAUGAUGUGUAUUAAAGAGGAUUUGAGGCAUUUUGUUUAUAAAUGAUUUGUGUUUUCUGAAAAAGAGAGGCGAGUGACGAUUGUUCUCUUGUAGAAAGGAUAGAUUUAAAAGCGGUUUUUCGGUUGGGUUUUAUAUAAAUGUAUAUUAGGGUCAAAAGGAAAAACGAAGGAGAAAAAAAAUCUUAGUUGUAUAUUAAUAUCACAUUGUUUGGAAAGCACAUUUCAUUUGGUAAAGGCUCACAAUGUUUGUAAAACCGAAAUAACAACAUUACUUAAAUGUGUGUCGAGUUACGCCGAUGAUCACCUAUUUAUAUUUUGUAUUUGUCAAAAAAAUUACAGAAAAAAAGGUUUAACAGUGUUCUUUCUAAAGGCGAUGAGUUACAUGUCCGCUGCAUCUUCAACCCAAGGGGUCAGAGGUCAGACAAGGAGACAGACGAGAGUGUUAAUAAGAGUUGUUUCAUUUUUCUUCCCGAUGCUUUCAGACCAAGUUACCGCAACACCCUUAACCCUCCUUCACCGCACACACCGACCGGGGUCCUUUCACAAUAACAACAUGGCGGCGCUCAGUAGAUGCAGACACCGGUGGAAGAGGAAUAACUGUUUACACGUUUUAACUAGAAACCUGACAGGGAAGUAUGACUACGACCUGGUGGUCAUUGGAGGCGGCUCAGGAGGGCUCGCCUGUUCCAAAGAAGCGGCACAGUUGGGACAGAAGGUUGCUGUUUUAGAUUAUGUGGAGCCAACUGCUAAAGGUACCAAGUGGGGUCUCGGUGGUACGUGUGUUAAUGUCGGCUGCAUUCCUAAGAAGCUCAUGCACCAGGCUGCUCUCCUCGGCACAGCGGUGAAGGAUGCUCAGAAGUACGGCUGGCAGAUCUCAGGGCCAAUCUGCCACGACUGGGCCUCCAUGGCAGACGCUGUUCAAAACCACGUGAGGUCUCUGAACUGGGGUCACAGAGUUCAGCUCCAGGACAAGAAGGUGAAGUAUCUGAACCUCAGAGGGAGUCUGCUGGAUGAACACACCGUUAGAGGACUGACUAAAGCUGGGAAAGAGACCCUCCUGACGGCCAAGAACAUCGUGAUCGCCACAGGAGGACGGCCCAAAUACCCCACAGAUAUCCCAGGAGCGAUGGAGCACGGCAUGACCAGUGACGACAUCUUCUGGAUGAAAACAUCGCCCGGGAAAACGCUUGUGGUUGGAGCUAGCUAUGUGGCUCUGGAGUGUGCCGGCUUCCUCACAGGCAUUGGAUUGGACGCCACAGUGAUGGUCCGCAGUAUCGCCCUCCGGGGGUUUGAUCAGCAAAUGGCAGGUCUAGUGACGGACUACAUGGAAGCAUAUGGGACCAAGUUUGUGAAGGAGUGUGUCCCUAAGAGAGUGGACAAGCUGUCCUCAGGAGCUCUGCAGGUGACCUGGACCGACACCCUCACGGGCAGCGAACACAAGGACACCUACGACUCUGUGCUGUGGGCAGUUGGCAGAGCCCCUGAAACCAAAGCUCUAGGUCUGGACAAGCUGGGCGUCCAACUCAAAAAGGAGUCGGGGAAAAUCAUCGUGGGUGCUGAUGAAUCCACCUCGGUGCCAAACAUCUUCGCUUUCGGUGACAUCGGGGAGGGUCGUCCUGAAUUGACCCCGACAGCCGUUAAAGCGGGAAAGCUUCUCGCCCGCAGACUGGCCGGUCACGGCACGGAACUCAUGAACUACGACAAUGUGGCCACCACAGUGUUCACCCCCCUGGAGUACGGCUGUGUGGGUCUCUCGGAGGAAGAGGCUGAGGAGAGGCAUGGGAAAGACGGCAUCGAGGUCUACCAUGCUUUCUACAAGCCUCUGGAGUUCUCUGUUGCAGAGCGCGAUGCCAGCCAGUGUUACUUAAAGGUGGUGUGUGAGCUGGGGGGAGACCAGAAGAUCCUGGGUCUGCACUUCACCGGUCCGAACGCAGGAGAGGUCACACAGGGCUUCGCUUUGGGCCUCCAGUGUGGAGCGACAUAUUCCCACCUGCUGCAGACGGUCGGCAUCCACCCGACCUGCGCCGAGGAGCUGACCAAGAUCAACAUCACCAAGCGGUCCGGUCUGGACGCCACGGUAUCGGGCUGCUGAGGUUAAGCUCCUCGGCUUCUGAACAGUAAGAGCUCACAGGGUCCUCUGUUAGCCUCCUCCUCCUCCUCCUCUUCCUCUUCCUCCUUUUUGAAUGGUUCACAUUCCUCUCUCUGAAACAGCGUCUCCUCAUAGGCCAGAUCAUAACACAGGUUAGUGUCACCAACACAUCAUGUGAACACCAUGAUUAUCCCAUGGUACAAGUGUUACUGAGGGUUAUAGAUCAGGUUAGUGAGAGCCGUGUCUUUAAAAUAAACAGUCUCAUCAAUCAGGAUUAAAGCCGUGCUGAACUCGCACGAGAACCGAACUCUUAACGUGUUCUUCUGAAUAUAUAUUCUGCAAAUAUUGUUGUUUCUCCGGCUGUACUUCCUGUCCAUUAGUCUUGGAGGUGACACAUACCAUACACCCCCGCAACCCCACCCCCACAUGACACUGAUGGAUGGCCCCAGGGCCGCAGCAACCUCGCCCCAUUUCCCAUGGACACACACAAACAGUCGCUGGGCCGCCUGUCACUCAGACGCCCCAGACCUGGUCAGGGAGCCACGGCUUGAGACUCCUUCCUUUUCCUCUAGUGCCCUUAACCAUCCCUAUACACAACAUAAUAGAGUGGGACUCCACACACGAGCUGUCAAAAGCUGCGUGAACUCUACCUGUUGAUAACAGAGCUCUGUACCCAGACUCACCCAAAGGUGGCACUAUUGCCCUCCAAUCCCGCCUUUUUCUCUCAACCAGGAAUAGAAGACAGUGUAAAGUAGAAACUGGAUAAACCUUACACCUGAAUACAUUCAGGUUGCACAUUUAAUCCCUUUAAUCCCUUGAGAAAAGCACUCUGGCUUUAUUGGUGCCAAACUGAUAAGGGCUAUCUGUUGUGUAUUUACAUGGAUGGCAGGUUGGGCCUAAAGAGUCAUCACCCUUGUAGAUAAGGCGAGUUGUUUAUAUCAAUAAAGCAGUAAUAGGCCCCCACAGUUUGCACAAAUGUUGAACCUGAUGGAUAUGCAUGACAUCUUGGGUUUAUUAAGUAGAAUGAGGAGGAGGGGGAGGGCUGUCAAUAACGUGGGUUGCUGCAGAAAUCGAGGAGGCCGCCGAGGGGCGUCGUUUAUUUGUAUUUGAAGUCUAAUCUGCCCGGUCUGAUUAAUGAUUUCGAUGAGGGGAGUGACAGUGUGCCAGGAGAUGGAGAGAGGAGGAACAGGAGAGAGGGAGAGGUACCAGGUUUAUUUGGGCCAGAGGAGAGAGAGCUGGGGAGGGAGGAGAGGUUUUGGGGGGAUUCCUGUGUGCUCUGUUCAGGGCCGAGGUGCUGACUGAAGGACCCUGACCUCCGCUCAGCAGGAACAGCUUGACUCUAUCACUCGGAGUGGAGGUGGAGGGGGGGUGGUGGCUAUGGGAAGGACGGAGCCAACCAACACAAGACGGAGCGGUAGCAGCGUGUUUGCCCAGGGUAAUUGAGUCUGUGUUCCCGUGCUUAACGAGCCACUUCAGAGACCCUGGGGUGGGCACAGGCAACACGAGGGAAGUGAUCGAGGCCAUCGGAGUAACUGUAAUGUCUGUUUGCUUUUUACCCUCCACUUCCCCUCUGUGUUUUCUCACAGCUCGACGCACAGUAAACUGAAAACCGUUGACUUUAAUUAAAUGUAUUAUGUCAACAGACUUCACAUAACUGUAUUAGGUUAGUUGGAAGCAAUGAUAUUACGUUUCAAUUAAUAAUAUUAGUCAACUUAAUAUUAUUGCUUUCAACUAACCUAAUACAGUUAUGUGACAUUUGGAAGACAUCAUUCAUUUAAUUAAAGUCAACGUUUCAGUUUUUCCCAAAAUGAACCAGUUGUAUUUAUGAUAUUGUCUUCUUUGAAUGAUAUUUGUCAUUGUAGUCACUCCAGGUCCGAGAUAUGAGCGGGGGGGGGGGGGG